ACGGAAGUGGUGUGGGAGCGGUUGAGAGAGACGCUGCUUCCGGUUUCUAUCCGCCGGAUGUUUGUUUCUCGACAGAAAUCAGGUUGUAGGAAAAAAAAAAAAAAAAAAAAGACGAGCUUAGCAGAUACACGCGAUCGUUAAAAAGAAGAACGCGUUUCGAGGAAAGAAAAGGUAAGGUUUUUAAAGAGUUGUAGAAGAAAAGUACAGUUUUGGGCAUGGAAUCAGAUCUACUGCCAGACUUGCAGGGUGGCCUGGCAUCUGUUGACCCAGCCAAUGCCUUGGACCAACUUAAACUCUCCCCACUGGAAGUCAAGAAGUGGCCUUCUGACGAGGAGCUUGGAAUGAGCAAGUCUGAAACUGACGUUUCCAAAGGGUUGGACUGUAAAUGGGACGACCCUUACUAUGACAUUGCAAGACAUCAGAUUGUGGAAGUGGCAGGUGACGAUAACUACGGUAGGAAAGUUAUUGUCUUCAGUGCCUGUCGGAUGCCCCCAAAUCAUGAGCUUGACCACCAGAAACUGUUGGGAUACCUAAAGCAUACUCUGGAUCAGUACGUUGAAAGUGACUACACACUCAUUUAUUUUCACCACGGACUCACCAGUGAGAACAAGCCAUCCUUAACCUGGCUCAGAGAUGCAUAUCGGGAAUUUGAUAGAAAAUAUAAGAAGAAUAUCAAGGCCCUCUACAUUGUCCACCCCACCACUUUCAUCAGAACAAUACUUAUUCUGUUCAAACCAUUCAUCAGCUUCAAGUUUGGACAGAAGAUUUUCUACAUGAACUACUUGAGUGAGUUGGAAGAGCAUGUGAAAUGUGAACAGCUUGUGAUACCCCAACGGGUGAAAACCUAUGAUGAAAAGAUCAAAGCAGCACUGAAGUUCAAACCUCAGGGUCAAAAAACAGCCCCACCCAGACCCCCGCUGCCAAACCAGCAGUUUGGAGUUUCUCUUGCACUACUGUGGGAGAAGAGCCCUGAUAAAGAAACAAUCCCUCUAGUUAUGAGAGAGACAGUCAGCUAUUUGAAGGAACAUGGUAUGUGCACAGAAGGAAUAUUCCGGAGAUCGGGCAAUGUAAAUUUGGUCAAGGAAAUCCAGAAUAAAUAUAACACUGGGGUUCCAGUAAGCUUCCAUCAGUAUGAAGAUGUUCAUCUUCCUGCUGUGAUCCUGAAGACAUUCCUUAGGGAGCUCCCAGAGCCACUCCUCACAUUUCAGCUCUAUAAUGACAUUGUCAACUUCCACAAUGUCGACGAAGGUGCAAAAGUCAGCAUUGUCCGUAGCAUGUUAGGAACCCUUCCAAAGGAGAACUCUGCGUCACUCAGGUACCUCAUUCAGUUCCUGGCGCAGGUGUCUGGCCAGUGUGAUUCUAAUAAGAUGAACAACAUGAAUCUCGCUGUGGUGUUCGGACCCAACCUCCUGUGGGGGAAAGAUGCUGCCAUGACACUGAGUGCCAUCGGACCAAUCAACAACUUCACAAGGAUGCUGCUGGACAAUCACAAGGAGAUCUUCGAGGAGGGCAGUCCUUAACUCCAUGCCUCGGCUCACACACAGUACCCCUUGUCUCUCUCCUUUUGUAAAUGCCAAAUGCACGUUGUUUCAGUUUGUUUGGGGGUAUAUUAAAGAAUGCAAAGGCUGGCUACUGAUAAAAGGGUUUGUAUUGAGGGGUAAAAUAUUUGAGAAAAGGCUGUGGACAGAUAGCAGGGAAGAAAAAAAAAUGUAACCAGGAAGCAGGCUUCCUUUCAUCUUGGCAUCUGAAAACAUGGUACUGUACAUACUUUUAUUCCAGUACUAUUUAAAGCAAUGGAAUGCGACCCAGUACUCAUCUUGUUUUAAUCUAGUAGCAUGAUAGAAAUAGGUAGAACUCGUAAUAAAUCUUCGAAAAGGUUUAUAGAGUGACUGCCAAAGAAGGUACUAAUUAGGAAUGUGAGGAGUUCAGGGUGGAGGCUUCCUGGCAUCUGAAAACUUUAUUUUUUAUUUAUUUAUUUUUUUUUUAUCUAGUAUUAGCAUCACCCAUACAUACACACUUAGGUACCACACUUUUUCCAUGCACAGGCCUCUACUAGAGUCACAUACAGUGCUGCCCAGUUUUUCAUACUAUAAUUGUGAGCUACAAGGGCGAGUGCUAAUGAAAUGGCAUGGGGCUAUUGGGAGCCACAAACAGGCAGUAUAAUGGGUGAGCACUGUACUGCAUUGCUCUAUAUAGCCCAGUAAACUUGCAGAUUGGAAAAUGCAGUCCAUGGAGUGCUUUGAUUUACAUUUACAUAUUUACAUUACCUGGGAUCAAUAAGCUACUAACAACCAAACGAGCAAGAUGGGCCGAAUGGCCUCCUCUCAUUUGUAAACUUUCUUACAUUCUUAUGAUGCUUUACACUGUGUUUGCAGUUUUUAAAGGGCAGUUUUUAUGUAUUUUGGAUUGAAGGUUUCUACAUACUAAAGUGUAGAAGUAAAUCUUUUAAUGUCAUUUUAAUUUUGAAAACACAAAUUAUUCUGAAGUGUAUUCACAUACUGGUUUUUAAUUCCAUAAAUAACAAUGCUUUUUUUUUACAUCUUUUGUAUUUACCGCCAAAUAAAAUGUUUUGUUCAAUUAGUUAUCAUUUACUUAUUUAUUUCCCAGAUGAGCUUGUCCUGUGUUACCAAUUAUCUAUAUAAUUAGAAGCAUACUGCCCAUAAGAAAACUCAUACAUUACAUGUAUUACAGACAAUAAAAUGGUUUCUUUUUGUCCCUAAA